AUGGGAGACACCGAGAGUGCCUCUUGCCAGGCAUGCAAUGACAUCUCCAAGGCAUUUACAAAAGACGGCCACGAAGGCAACAUCAACCUCGGGUCUUUCGAACAAGCGAAAGCCUCAGGAUGUCCAACUCAUACACCUCUUCUACAGGCAUUCCAGGAUCUAAGAGAUCUCCCUGACAGCGAUGAAGUUGAGCUGAUGACUGCUAAGAAAGGCAGAAGCGCGUCCUUGCGGCGUGCGGGCGGGGGACCGUACUGGGAUCUGGUCCUCGUCAAGAAAGAUAACGAAGGCCAUAUCGGAACUGGACGUAUUCUCAAUCCAGACUGGGCUGAAGCAGGAAGUAUCAAGCAGUGGAAGGAUAUGUGCAUUGAAUCGCACGGCCCAAGAUGUGAUAAUCCUAUGAAAGUCCAGCCGGUGCGACCUGUUUGGGUUAUUGACGUCCAGAAGAGGUGCCUUGUGCCUGGUUCUGGCCCCGGCUGCGAUAGAUAUAUCGCAUUAAGUUAUACCAUAGAAGGCGAGGAGGAGAAUCCUGGAGGAUUCAAGGUCGACGAUGCAGAAAUGGUCGAGACGCUGAAGACGCCGAAUAUGAUUGACAGCCCUGAGAUAUCACAGCGACUGCCGCCGAUAAUCCAACACGCGAUGUAUCUGACAUCUGCCCUUGGAGAGCACUACCUCUGGGUUGAUGCACUUUGCUCUCUGCAUGGUGACCCUGUCAAUACAGAUGCAGCAACUCAGAGGGGACUCAGGGGUGCAAUAUACGCAAACGCCCUCGUUACCAUUAUAUCCACAGACAAAGACAGUCGAAGCGGUAUUCCCGGCCUUCAAGGUAUAUCCAGCCCUCGAAACCUAAAACAACGAAUUAUUCCAUUCGGAGACGACAAAAUCGCCAUCCGUAACACCGGGAUCUUCUCAAUGGGCGCCUGGGGCGCAUAUCACAAACGCGGCUGGACGUACCAGGACUACAAGAUGUCAGCUCGGAAGCUCAUGAUCGUUAAUAAGGAACUACACUGGGAAUGCCAAUGUAGUGUCUGGCACGAGGAACUCACGCCUGGGACCGAGAUCGACCAGUACAUCGACCCGCGCCUGAAAGUGAUACUAGCUGGAUUUCCAGAUCUAGAAUCCCUCGUUCACACCAUCUACAGCUACAACGACCGCGAGAUGAGUCAUGACGAGGAUGUUAUCCCUGCUAUAUCUUCGCUCCUGUCUACAAUGAGCCGGUCGUUCACUGGGGGCUUUCUCUAUGGCCUUCCUGAAAUGCUAUUCGAGAGAGCAUUAGGAUGGAGUCCAUAUUGGAGAUUCACCAACCUCAGACGCCGUACUUCAAGCAAUGUCCAUCUCCCAUCCUGGUCCUGGAUUGGCUGGCAGGGCAUGGUUGAUGUCGGACGACAUGAAGCAAUGCGCAUCAACCCGCUCGUGUCAGAUAUCCAGGAAACAAUCCCUAUAACGGAGUGGUACACGAGCAAAACACCAGCUGGCUCUCCCCUGCGCAGGAUAAGGUCUACCUGGUUCGAGAACCGUGAGUCCUAUAAAGACUUCACUAAACCUCUGCCUCCGGGCUGGACGCGGCAUGGCCUUCCACUACCGGAUGAUACGCGGAACGUCCGAGUGCCCAAAGAACCAUAUCUUUACCCGGAAGGGUGCAGUGAGUACUAUUUCAAGCACCCAAAGCUUACUGCCGCCGAUGAACACUGUGACGUUUGGUAUUAUCCCUUCCCGGUGCCUGAUAUUGAACCAUCCACGCCGGUGUCCAUGCCAGAGCAGACGCCUUACCUCCAUUGCAGAACGAAAAGAGCUACCCUUUGGGCUCGCGUAUCCCAAGAACGGAACACUAACGAAGUGGACCUGUUGAACAAAUCAGGUCUUCAUGUUGGAAAGCUACGCCUUCACUACGAAGAUCAGCUAGACGGUUUUCCCAGAGAGGGAACACACGACAUAGGAAAGGAUGUUGAGCUAGUUUCAAUCUACCGCUCCUGGCGACGAGAGAGGAUCUUUGACCUGGAGAAGAGAUGCUAUUCGAGUCUCGGUGACCCGUGGGAAAGCUAUCAAGUGCUCUGGGUAGAGUGGAAGGACGGUGUGGCGUAUCGGCUGGCUGGUGGAUAUGUUAGAAGGGAAAGCUGGGAGGAACUGGAUUUGGAGGACAUUUCACUGGUUCUAGGCUGA